AUGCGCAAAGUAAUUCUCAAAGCAAAAAUAUAUAGUUGUAUCCUUAUAAUACUUUCAGGAACAGUUGCUGUUCUAGCUUGUAUAUUGGCUGGCUAGGUGAAUGAUUAAGAAGUAAAAAUUUAUGGAACUCUUUAUGCAAUGGCAGCAUUAAUAACUAUGUCAAUCAACAUUUAUAUAUUCUACUAAUUGCAAACUAUUAACCUGAUCAAUGCAGAAAUCAAUAAUUUCAAUUGCCUCUCUUCAUGGAAAAUAUUGCACAAGUCAAUUUUAAAUAAUUCAGAUUUGUGGUUUGCAAAUUAUGUAUUAAAAUGCCUUAUCGUCAUUAUUUUUCAUAGUACUAUGAGUUUUAUAACAAGAUUGAAAUAUAGGGAUGUUGCUUUUGAGUUCACCUAAAAUAUGUCAAUUUCAAUUGUACUGUUUAUUCUCAGCUUUAUACUCGGUUUCGUAGUGUAAUUACUUUUUGUGAUCUAAUUGAUAACAAUGUUGGCUGAUUUUAAAGAGUAUGCAAAAGAAACAGUCUUUACUUUUCAUAUAAAGGAAUCACUUUAAGAAGAGAAACAAUAUAAAAGAGGAAUUACAUUAGUAGCAAUCAUCUUUAUUCUUGGUUCAAUUGCAUAUUAUGCAGUAAAAUUAGCCUUGUACAUAAUGAUAGCCAAAAACAGUGAAGAAAUUAAUACUAAAGUAUUUUCCAUAAUUGUUUCUAUCCUAAGUGUUAGUUGCAUGAUAUUGUGCUCCAGAAUAUACAAAUAACUUAAAAUUAUUUAUAAACAAAUACCAGACCCCUAAGAUGUGAUAAUAUAUAAUAUCAAUAUCCCUUGUUUUACUGGAUGGUUCAUUUUGGUAAGAUCGUUGGUGUUUUGUAAGAAAUUCAGAUUUUGGAGAAACUUAACGUUUAUUUUAUUGUACAUCUAAUCUAUUUAUGGAUUAAUUAAAUUUCCUUUUUAUCAGAUAUAUGGCGUGACCAUAGAUCAAAUGUACAGUCUUGAUUCUUAUCUAUAUUGUGAUACAGCUAUUUUGGUUGCUCUAAUGUUUUGGUAGUUCAUUGAGCAGUUUGCUAGGGUCAUUCAUCAAGUCAAGAGAAGAUACCUUGCAUAUUAAUUCGAAGAUCAUAGAUAAAAUAUAAUUCUCCCAAUCGCAAUAGAAGUUCAAUAAGACGAAUUAGGGAGAAUCCAUCAUCAACAAAUGAUAGAUAAUUUAGUAGAAAAUGCAACAGAAGAUUAUGGAGAAUGCUGCUUUUGUUUGGAUAAAAUCUCAAAAGGUUAAAGGGUGCAUAAAUUAAAAUGUCACUCCUCUCAUGUUUUUCAUUAUUAUUGUAUGUCUAAAUGGUUAGCUAAUCAUAAUAAUUGCCCAUUGUGUUAAUAAACUAUCAAUUGA